CGAUCUGUUUGCAUUCUACCCCUGAUUUUCGUCAUGCCAAGUUUUAAGCAAAAGGUGAUUAUUGUUACUGGUGCUAGUUCUGGCAUUGGGGCAAGUGCUGCUGUACACUUGGCCAGCCUUGGCGGUCUGCUCACCAUCGUUGGACGCAAUGUGGAGAAACUGCAAGAAACCGCAGAAAAGAUUCUUGCUGCAGGAGGUUCUUCUGCGUUGCAACUGCAGGCGGACAUGAACAACGAGGCGGAUGUGGAGCGAAUUAUUGCUGCCACGCUGGCCAAGCAUGGACGUAUUGAUGUGCUUGUGAACAAUGCGGGCAUCAUUGAGAUAGGCACCAUUGAGAAUACAUCGUUGGCUCAAUACGAUCGCGUUAUGAACACCAAUGUGCGUGCCAUCUAUCAACUGACCAUGUUGGCCGCACCGGAGCUGGUGAAGACCAAGGGUAACAUUGUAAACGUGUCCAGUGUGAAUGGCAUACGAUCGUUUCCCGGCGUGCUCGCCUACAAUCUGUCCAAGGCAGCCGUCGAUCAGUUCACGCGCAGCGUCGCCUUGGAACUGGCUCCCAAAGGUGUUCGUGUGAACUCCGUGAAUCCGGGCGUCAUUGUCACCAAUAUACACAAGCGGGGUGGCAUGGACGAAGCCACCUAUCAAAACUUCCUGGAACACUCAAAGACGACACAUGCCUUGGGUCGUACAGGUGAUGUGAAGGAAGUGGCUGCUGCAAUUGCAUUCCUCGCCAGCGAUGAGGCAAGUUUCACAACAGGCGUCAGCUUGCCGGUUGACGGCGGACGACAUGCGAUGUGUCCGCGCUAAUUAAAAAAAAAAAACAAUAAAUAUGUGAACAUGUGUAUGAAUUUGUUGGCAAUUGGCAUUUUUUAAAAUAGUAAAUUUUAUAAUAAAUUUAAAGCUAAUUAGCAGUUCUGAUCACGA